AAAUAUGCAUGCAUACGGGAUACGGCUUCAAGGUAUUCGCAAUGUUCUUGCCAGAUAUUUUUCUUGUGGCUGCUGCGAUAAGUGUCAAUGGGCAAUAUUCCACUUCCACUUUGUCAGGGCCACAGAGAUCAAAAUCAUCCGUAAGGCAAGAACUCACUACAGUGAAGUCUAAAGGAUUUCUGCGACAAACAUCUUUUGAAUCGCGAAUACCUACUCCAUUUGUCCCAAAGACCUAUCGUCCUCUGCCACGACUUCCGCCACAUGACAUUACACCUCUAAGGCCCGGCCUAUUUUCCCUCAGCAAUCCUGUAUCCCCUUCCAUAUUAAGAAACGAGUCUACGCGAAUAUGGUCCGAGCAAAACUUCGUCGGGCCUGAACUUCCCUUACUGCCCGUUAGACCCUAUACCACAUGGAUGAAACUAAACCAUACUUCACGAAGCACUCCAAGAGCAGAUCCCACACUAUGGGCAACUUCAGUGAGAGAUGUAAGCGGAGCAACAUCAAGGCAUUCAAAAUGGACGGACAAAAAUUCUGCAAGAACUCCAGCUGCAGCAGCUACUCCAGCGGCAGAAAGAAACCGAGACAUUGAGUCGAAAGAUCCUGCGAGCUCAACUAAUUCAGCAGCUAGGCGGAAUCUGACCGUAAAAGUAGACAGGUCAAAAUACAAGAUGAUGCCCCACUAUAGGCGCCUAAAUCUGAACUAUAAAUUCUGAAGAAAGGUUCAAAUCUUUGUGAUAAUGAUUGUUAGCUACAGAAUAAAGCCAGUUGCUGAAGUUUUGGCGGAUAAAGAUUUG